GCCACACCUGUGCCAUUCACAGCUUUCUUCAUCUGCCAACAGGAAGGAGUGAGGGAAGGAGGAAGAGCAGGAAGAAGGGGAGGGACAGAAGGAAGGAAAAGAGGGAGGGAAGAAGGUUGCAUUUGGCAGCUACCUCCAGCAGCUAGAGCCAGAGCAGCUGACAGUCACCGUGGGAGAGGCUCACAAUGUCCUCAGCAACUUCCACCACUUCUUUGCCCAGCGGCCUGGCUGUUCUGACAACUUUUCCAGAUGUGCUCUUCAUUCCUGAAAUCAUCUUUGGGGGCCUUGUCUGGAUCCUGGUGGCAUCCUCGAAGGUCCAGUUACCCAUGCUGCAAGGCUGGGUGAUGUUUGUCUCUGUGUUCUGCUUUGUCAUGUCCAUCACCCUCCUGUGCCUCUACAUCUGUGGUGCACAUGGGGGCAGUAGCUCCUGGGUCACCUUGGAUGUCAUCUGCCAGGAGACAGCAUCUCUGUUCUACCUCAGUAUGGCUGUGUUGGAAGCCUACUCCACCUAUAUCAGCUUGGGUCCUGCCAACGCCGUGAUGAUGACCAUCUACCAGGAGAACGUUGCUGCUGUGGUAUUUGCAUUCUUAGCUACCCUGAUGUACGUGAUCCAUAAGGUGUACUCGCUCCUGCGAUGGAAAUCAUCCUAAGAGCCUCCCCUCACAAGCGUGUCUUGUGGUCACCCCAUGAACAUGAAAGUUCUUCAGUGACUGCAGUUUCCAGGCUGGGUUUGGGUUUUAUUUUUUUCAAAGCUGCUUGUUUAUAGUAUAUACAUUAUGUGGGACCAUGGCAAUGAAGACAAAAAGCCUGCCCGAGAAAGCUAUAUCCUGGCACCUUCUGUUUCCCUUCAGUCUCUUCUGGGUCGGGUACAAUUUGAUGCUGGUAAUUGGGGCCCAAAUAGAAAACCAUCCAGCUUUAAAAAAUACAAUAUAGUUGGGUUUAAAGCACUAAAAUCUCUCCAAACCACACCUUUAUGCCUCCAGGGUUGUUACUGCUAUCAGACAAAGCCUAAACAACCAGCACUAAGGAGCAUGAGAAUGAAACAGGGUCAUUUUAAUUGCCACCUGCCCAUGUAAGCCUGUUUCCCUCCCUAAACCUGCUGUGCCAAAAGAACAUUUUCAGGCAGUUUCUGGAAAUACCACCUCAUAUCCGUGAUAAGAAAAAGGAAUAUUUAACUAGACUUGGGAGUAAUAUCAGUUAUUGCAACUCCUAAGGGUAUUGCUGAAUUAUGAGGCACAACCAUAAUGCCAGGAGUUACCGCUGUCUUUAAUCCCCCUGUAAAUGCAACUUAGAAGGCAAGCGGUAGACUGUAGAACUGUAUGCAUUAUUAGAAUAACGUCUUGAGUAAGCAGAAGCAAUCAAUUAUUGUCUUUGGUGCGUGGCUGUUCUCACAUACAUUAGCACUGUGUUGCUAAUAAAGAUGGGUUUGCUGUGAUUUUACAAAUAGGCUAGAGUAAUUUCUGCUAUUUUCCCUUUGGUGCACACAGCCCUGUACAGCCUCAGGAGCACUACACUGUAACAGGGCAGUUCCUAAGGAGGAGGCACAGACUUAGGCAUGAAUGAGAGAGCUUUUCUGGCAAGGGGACCCUGUGCAGCCCUGUAGCCAGCAUCAGGGGCCAAACCAACUCAGGUGAAUCUCAGUGAUGAUAUUCAUCUGAAUACUCAAAUUACUCCAGAGUGUGAAUUUGGGUGAGUGUGCUGGUUUUGGCUGGGAUACAGUUAACUUUCUUCAUAGUAGCUGGUAUGGGGUUAUUUUCUGCAUUUGUGCUGAAAACAGUGUUGAUAACACAGGGAUGUUUUAGUUACUGCUGAGCAGUGCUUGCACAGAGUCAAGGCCUUUUCUGCUUCUCACCCCACCCCACCAGCAAGUGGCUGGUGGUGCACAAGGUGUUGGGAGGGGACAUGGCUGGGACAGCUGACCCCAACUGACCAAAGGGAUAUCACAGACCAUAUGACGUCAUGUGCAGCAUAUAAAGCUGGGGGAAAGAAGGAGGAAGAGGGGAUGUUCAGAGUUGUGGCAUUUGUCUUCCCAAGUAACUGUUAAUGCUUGAUGGAGCUCUGCUUUCCUGGAGAUGGCUGAACACCUGCCUGCUGAUGGGAAGCAGUGAAUAAAUUCCUUGUUUUGAUUUGCUUGCAUGCGCAGCUUUUGCUCUACAUAUUAA